ACACAAGUUUUGUUACCUUGGUUACCUUAGAUUUCGACAACAACCUCGUCACUCUGCUCCUAUGAGAAGGAUUCAAAACCUCUGCAAAAUUUGCAGGUUUUUCUCAAAAACCCCAUUUUCAACGACCCUUUUGCAUUUCCAAUCACAAAGUUCUUCACUUUCUUCAUCUGGGUCAUUCCCAUUUCACUCUCUCACAACCCCUUUUCAUGAUUGUUUUCAAUUUCACACUCCAAGGUACUUUUCUUCAUACCCUUAUUCUUCUUACAAGAAUAAACCAUAUGCUACUUCAAAACAAGUUUCUCAAAUAAUUGCAAUGGUUAUUGAAGGUGAUAAUGGUUUAGAACAUAGGUUAAAUAUGAUGAAUGUUUCAUUGUCUAUGGCUUCAGUUAUUUACAUUUUUGAUGCAUUAGCUAGUCAAAGAGUUUCAGCAUUGAUGUUUUUUCAUUGGCUUAAUGUUUCACAUCCUGAGCUUUGUUGUGAUCCUGAGAUUGGUUGUUGUGUUGUUGAUAAUUGUGGUUUGUUAAGGGAUUUUGAUGCUAUGGUUCCGAUUUUGAGGGAUUUUAACUCGAAAAGGGUGUGUUUGGGGAGAAGGGCAUUUAGGUUUUUGGUUGUUUUAUGGUUGGAUGAGGAUUCUAGAAUGGAUAUUGUGAGGAUUGUGAAUGUGCUUAAAGAGGUUGGUGGUGUGUGUCAAAGUUCUGGUGUUAAGGUUUUGAUAGAGUUGUUGAGUUUUUCGGGUAUUUUUGAUGUAGCGGAGUUUGUGAUAGGAGAAGCUGGGAGGAACGUUGAUCGUUAUAACUUUUUAUUGAGGAUGAUAUGCAAGAGAGGUGAUUACGAAAGAGUAGUUGAUUUGGUAGAGAAGAUGAAGAAAAUCGGUGUUGAACCAAAUGGAAGUACUUACAAUUUGUUGAUUAGUUGUUUAUUCAAGAUUGGUAACUUUGCUGAGGCUUGUCAAGUUCUUGAGACGAUGGAAAAUGAAAAUGGUUUAUCGAAAGAGUUUACGUUUGAUACAAUUAUUCGUUUGUUAUGUAAGCAUGGUCAAAUUGAUUUGGCUUUGAAGUUUAUUGAUAAAAUGACUUUGAAGGGUGUUGAACCAUGUAGUUUAACUCAUGCUGCGGUGAUAAAGUGUUAUUUUGAAUUGGGAAAAUACGAUGAAGCGCAUGAGUAUGUGGUUGUUUGUGCUGGUAAGAAUAGUUAUUCCAGCAAUGAAAACUAUACCUUACUUGCUUCUCUUCAUUUUAAGAAAGGAAGUGUUUUACUUUCUCAAAGGAUUCUUCAUGAGAUGAUGGAUAAGGGUCUUAAACCUAAUUAUUCGGUGUAUAUGAAGAUAAGAAAAUAUUUUGAGAAGAAAAAUAAAACAGAUUUGUCUUUGGAGUUAUCUAGAAGAUACACGAGCUUGAUUGAAAAGUGAACAAAGAUGCUGGAUUUUGUGUGACAUGUUUUUGUACCGUCAUUCGGGGUUCGCUCAAUAGCUACUCUGCGUCCAGAGGGGUUCAGGCAUUGAUGUUUGUUUCAAUCUUUUGCUACUAUUCAGAAGCUGACAUAAUGUGGUUUGGACAUACGAGAACGAGACAUAGAGGCUCCUCAAUCGAAUGAAAGAUAGUCCGGCUAAAACGGGUAGAGAAAGAGUGAAGAAAUUUUUAGAAGAAAUCUAUAAAAGAGCUAUCUCUGAAUGAUUUAAUUGCAAACGAGGCUCAAUGUAGUCUAUAGAAGGAAGAAAGUUUAGUCUUGUUGACACGAGUUGAAAAUAAUGCAUGUAGAUGGGGGCUAUGCAUACUUGUCCCGCCUCAAUUUUGCCAAAACAAGUAUUUUUCGUUUAAUUUUUUUUCCCUGAAAAUAAUAGAAAUGGUUAAUCUUGUCCUGCUUAACAUAAUGUCUCUUCCCUUUGGAUCAUUUGUCUCAAAUUCUAUAGCUCCAUUUUUCUUGUUUCCUACUCACUGUAACCAAUAAGCAUGAUAAGUAAAAUGAGAUCUUGAUAUUGAUAUUUUUUUUUUUUGUAGCAGAAUUGGACCGAAAAGAAAAAUUGUGCAUCUUUCGUGUAAUAUUUGAUUCAUGUAGUCGACCCCACUUGGUGGGAAAAGGCUUGGUUGUUGUUGUAUGCAUUCUAUCUUGCAAAUAUUGUUAGCCUUGUUUCGUUUGUAUUUAUAUAUUACUGUGUAAUGUUGGUCCAGAUAGUAUAUUUGUCGUUUCCAUCUGUGGCAAGUGUGUUUUUGGCACCACAAACAGUAUUGUAUAUACCAUCAAACCAUUUAAUGCUAAUUGUUAUAUCUAGGGGAUAGGGUGAGGGGUUAUAACAAACACUGUAUAAACAAUUUGAUUUAGAAAUGAACCUGUUAUUUAAAUUUCUCUCUUACACACCUUUCAUGAUUUGAGUAGCUUCUUCAUGCAGUAACUCAAACUUAUGAUGUGCACACACGGACACAUGCACUGAUACACACAUUUAUGUAUGCGGCUUUUAUGAAUUUUACAGAAUAUUUCAAUCAGUGUCACAAUCUCACAUUUUAUGAUCUCGACUCCCUUUACCAAUCAUAAGGAAAAUCUCUAUUUUGAAUUGUAGCAGUGUAGUACAUAAGAUAUUAUCUUUAGUAUUCUCUUGCAUUGGCUAGUAUGUUUGAAUCUUUUAUUAAAAUGUAUCUUUUAUAGCUUUUGGUUUUCAGAGUAGAGCAUAUAUGUAUCUUUGUCCAUCAUAAAGAUAUCUUUGGCAAAAAAUGUCUAGCAUAUAUACAGCGCAGGGUGCUUAAAAAACAUUUGAGCUAUGUGUAACUCGACUGCACUGUCGAUCUGUGGAGUUACAGUUUUCAGCACCUUGUGUCGACUGUCCAAAGACUCCAAGGUAACAGCGGUGCCGCGUUGACCAUCCAAGUUAAUUGUGUCAUCGACUGUCCACAGCGCUGCUGACCAUUUUCCAAGGUAACAUUUUCCCUGUUCUAGAAUAUGGAAGUGUAACUACAUGGUUCAUGAUGUAUAUGACAAGACUUGAAAAGAAUCAAGUUUAUUGUGUGUCUGGUGUAGUUGACUUCUUCAUAUAUGAGCUCUUAGAAAUAUUUGGAGACUUUUUAUGAGUAUUUGUUUUUUACUCAUGAUAAUCUCUCAGUUUCAGAAAUUACCUUCACAAGUAGUCAAUAUCUAUUAACUUAAUACAGUCUUUGAUAAGGGGGAAAAAAGUAAUCAACUUGGGUUGGCCUGGUGGUGUUGACUUUAGACCUUGGAGUGUGCUCCUCUCAAGGUCUCAGGUUCGAUUCUCUCCGGUGCCAAUUUCGGUAGGGUAGUUUGGCUUAUUCAAAAAAAAAAGGGGGGGAAGAAAGUCCUUUAAGAGAUUGGAGAAAGCAAAGCUUUCUUUCAGGUAUAUAUGAAGCUGCAGUGUACAUGUCACAUGGGAAAAUGUAUUUGGUUGAAAAAUUAGAUCUAUCUAACAGAACUGCUUUCUGCAAAGAGGAUGCAUUCAUGUCCUUGAAGGAUGACAGGUCUCGAGAUAUGUCUAAUCUAUCUAUCUUAUGAGAAAGCUGGUUAGUUUCUGUAACUGUGUUACUCAAAAUUUGGAUUGUGCUGAAUUAAAUGGUACCAUGUUCCGGACCCUACUCGAUGUCAAUUUCGGUGGAUUAGUUUGACUUCUUAAAAAAAAUAAAAAAAGUCACCAUUCCUCUCUGGUAGCCAGAAGCUACUCUCAUGCUUAAAAUUUUAUGUGGUUGGCAAUGUGUUAUGCUUUGUCAAGAACUUUUACACCAUUAAAUUUUUGCAUAUUCCAAGUUUAUAAUUGUAAUA